AUGGUGAAGCCAGCUUCCUUUGACAUAAAUGGAAUGAAAAAAGGAGCUUGGAAUGAAGAAGAGGACAACAAACUAAGGGCUUUUAUCGGUCGAUUCGGCGAAACCAACUGGCGGCAGCUGCCGGAGUUUGCCGGGUUGAAGAGGUGUGGGAAGAGUUGCAGACUGCGUUGGAUGAACUACUUGAAGCCUGGUGUCCGACGUGGCAACUUCACCCAAGAUGAAAAAGAUCAUAUUGUCAAACUGCACAAAAUACUCGGAAACAAAUGGUCAGCCAUUGCUGAGCAGUUCCCCGGGCGAACCGACAACGACAUCAAGAACUACUGGAACGCCCACAUAGAAAAACGCAAGGGCCGCCGCAACGGCACCUGCGCCCAUGUAACCAGGGAGAUCAAGACCCACAAUCUGGCCCAGGAAGAGCUAUCUUCCGACAGCAACUCUAGUACUAUAACAAACUGUCUGAAUCAAAACACAACUGCAUUUUCCGGGGUUGGAUUCAGCCAACCCACGGAAAACAUAGGUGUUUUCGAGUCGAGUGCAGAUUCAUAUUUCAAUCAUGGGAGCUUUAUUGAGCAAGAUUAUUUUGAUGGGAUGGAGGAGGAAAAUGUCAUGUUUUUACCAAGUGAUUACUCAGAUGUGGGGGUUGCUUCUUGGGAUUUGAGUGCUACAUUUGAACAAGACUUCAACAAAAUAUUUGGUGAUUACUAUGGGAAGUAGAAAUAUGAUUGAGGUAUCUACAUAUAUAAGAGCAACAAGUCCUUUAUCAUAUAUAAUGCAAUUGUGUCUAGUUGGUUGUGUUUGAAGUAUCCCUUAAUAAGUUGCUCAUGGGAAUCUUGAGGGGUAUUUGUGUUUUUGUUGUAAUAUAUAUGAU